AUGGACAGUCGUUAGUUCGAACUGAUUUUCUGUUUUCAGAGCAAUAGUUAAAUUCCUUUUUUUCUAUAAAAACGAAGGAAACUGACCGUUUUUAUUACAUACAUUUAUUACUGUACAACGCUAAAAAGACAAAAAAGAACAGCGCUAUCGUUUUUGUUUCGGGAAAAAUCUGAAAAAAAAGAAACCAAAGAGAAAACUUAUGAAAUUUUUUUAGAAAAAGCCCAACAAAAAAAGAAAAUUCUGACAUUCAGGUUGGAUUAACAAAAAUAUAAAAAACUUUCUACAAAAUGGUCACAAACAGCAAAAAAUCUGGUAUUAUUGCUUCUAGAUUUCGUUAACGAAGAAUAAAACUUCAUCAAGACUUUAGGAGGCUUGGCUUCGGAUAUUGCAAAUGAAGGAAAAAAGGACGACUUCUCGGGUCGAAAAUUCACAAAAGUGAUUCUGGAUAGAGGCGGAGACGGAAAAGCUCGUGACGGCCCGGCUGAUAAGCUCGGUGAGCCGAUAAGGACGAAGCAGGAGGGAGUGUGACGAGUGUAGGCGGCGAAGGCGCUGAGAGGUUCCCGCAGACCGGCUGUCAACGGCUAUCUCCUCGGUUCCAGGCUGAUUGACGUACUGAUAACAGCUUCUGGAAUUGCUGACGAUGGGCAGACUUUGGGUCAGAGUAUAGAGACGUUUUUUUUGGUCAUGGAAAGGGCUCUGCGUUUGGUGACGCUCAAAACGAGAUGA